CCCGGAAGUAGAUGUAUUGCUGGCAGUGCUGCAUGCAGGGGAGGUAAUGUCCACGGACAGACAUGGCGGUGAGCAGCAAGACUCAGACAUUACAGAUCACAGAUACAGAGUACAGUGCGGAUGCUGUGGAAUGGUGUCCUGUGGAUGACUGGAACACGGUCCUGGCCUGUGGCACAUAUCAGUUGAAGAAGCCAGAUGGCAACCACGGCGAGGAGAAAAGCGACGAUCCUCAUAUGCGGCUGGGCCGCCUCUACCUCUAUACCUAUGAUCCCCACCAGCUUUUUUCACCCGUAACAGAGCUGCAGAGGAUUGAAACAGCCGCCAUACUGGACAUGAAAUGGUGCCACAUUCCCCUCUCAGAUCAUCCUGUGUUGGGUAUUGCUAAUGCAAAGGGGGCACUAGAGCUUUAUAAACUACAAAGCAGAGGGGAAAGUUGCCAGGUGGAGCUUGUGCACAGCAUGGAUGUGGGUGACGACUGCUUGGCUCUGUCCCUCGACUGGUCCACAGGAAGAAGAGAAAAUAACUCUCCCAUAAAGAUCAUUUGCAGCGACUCAAAGGGGCGACUCAGUUUGGUGCAUGUAGGGGAAUCUUCACCGUCCCUGGACAUCCAGUGUCAGUGGGGAGCCCAUGGGUUUGAAGCCUGGAUCGCUGCAUUCAACUACUGGAAUUCCAGUACGGUGUUCUCAGGUGGAGAUGAUUGUUUACUGCGAGGAUGGGAUACAAGAUCUACACCGGACCACCCAAUAUUUACCAGCAAACGGCAUUCAAUGGGAGUGUGCAGCAUUCAGAGUCACCCUCUUCGGGAGAAUAUUCUGGCGACAGGAAGUUAUGAUGAACAUGUUCUGAUCUGGGACUUGCGGCAGAUGAGACAGCCUGUAUCUGAUACUCAUGUUCAGGGUGGUGUCUGGAGGCUGAAAUGGCACCCAACAGAGAGCGCCCUCCUGCUGGCCGCCUGUAUGCAUAGCGGCUUCCACAUCCUGGACAAUGCAUCUGAUGGCUGCCCUAUCGUCUCCUCAUAUGUUCUUCACAACUCCUUGGCCUAUGGAGCCGAUUGGUCCACACUGUCUCCAUCAUGCAACUCACCAACCAAUCCUGAGCCAGCUUCCCUGCCAGCCAAUAAGCCAGAUGGCAUAGGCUCAGAUGGGGCUGCACCAAACCUUGACCAACCCAUGCAGAAUCUGAAAAUCUUCUACGAGUCACCCACUGCUAGCUUUGACGUGAUUCUUGAGGAUGAGCAUGGUGAAUACUUGCCUGAAACUGACCCUGUAAAGAAGGAUUUAGACAACAAGGCUCUAUCGGAAAAUUCUGCUGAAUACGGAUCAGCAAACACCAGCCUAGUGGCCACCUGCUCCUUUUAUGACCAUGUCAUGCAUGUGUGGAGGUGGCAGUGGCAGAUGACACAGUCUGGAGAGUGAUACCAUCACUUUUGGCCUCACCUGGGUUUACCAAUCUGUCCUACCUCUUAUUCUGCUUCUCCCAAAUGCCUUAG